CGCUUUGCCAAGCUCACUGUGCCAGUGCGUAUGUCUGAGCUGCUUGUGAGUGUGAUUUGCUGUUCUACUCUAGGAUGCUGUUUCUGUCUCCCCUCUUCUCUCUUAGCCCAUCUCUUAAUCUUCCCCAACAGCACUGCACUCUGCUCUGAAGAUGAUUUCUCUGAAUGCAUCCAGACCCAUAAACCCAUCUCACUGCCUAUGGACAUCCAAGAAGCUACACCACUGGUCAUCCUUCCAGGGGACCUGCCCUCUCUGAAGUGGAACCUCAGUCAUUAGUCUUGGCAAAUUUAUAGCUUCCUAGUACAGUGGUAUCCAUUCUUGCUUAUGAAGAUGGAGCAGGAGAUCUCUAAAGUGCAGAGGACAAUGUCUGACCUGGAGUCAGUCCUCCAGCAGAAGGAUGUUGAGCUGAAAGCCUCUGAGACCCAGCGAAGCAUCCUGGAGCAGGAUCUGGCCACCUAUAUCACAGAGUGUAGCAGUUUGAAGCGCAGUUUGGAACAAGCUCGUAUGGAGGUCUCUCAGGAGGACGAUAAAGCUCUGCAGCUGCUCCACAACAUCCGUGAGCAGAGCAAUAAACUGCAGGAGAUUAAAGAACAGGAGUAUCAUGCUCAGCUGGAAGAGAUGCGGGUGUCCAUCCGUCAGUUGGAGGAGAACCUCUCUGCUGCUCGCCGUCGCAGCGACUUAUACGAAUCUGAGUUGAAGGAGUCACGCCAGACUAGUGAGGAGCUGAAAAGGAAGGCAGCAGAAUACCAACAGAAGAUCCAGAAGGCCAAAGAACAAGGCAAGGCUGAGAUGGAGGAGCUCCUUAUUAAACUGCAGAAGACCAAUGAAGAGCAACAAGCAAAGAUUGAGGAGCUUCAGGACAAGCUAGACAAGGCAGUAAAAGCGAGUACUGAAGCCACGGAGCUCCUGCAGAAUGUUCGUCAGGCUAAAGAGCGCCUGGAGUGGGAUGUGACACGACUGCAGACCAGAGAGGACUCCACUGACAGCCUGCGCAGACGCUUGCGUGAGACAGAGGAUGGCAGAAAGACCCUGGAGAAUCAAGUAAAGAGGCUGGAGAUUGUGGAGCGCAGGGAGAGCAAACUAAAAGAGGAUAUCCAGACCAAAUCACAGCAGAUACAACAGAUGGCUGAUAAAAUCAUGGAAUUGGAGGAGAACUUGCGUGAAACGCAAGCCACAGCCCAUCGCAUGGAGACUCAUCUGGAGCAAAAAGAGAAACUGUAUGAGGAUAAGAUCAAGAUUUUAGAGACCCAAAUGAAGGUAGACUUGGCUGAUAAAGAGCUCCUGGAAUCGAAACAGGACAUAUAUGAGGAGGAAGUUCGGGAGAAAAGCAAAUUGAUCAGUGAACAAGCAGCGACUAUCAGUGCUAUGGAGUCGAAGAUGACCAGCUUGGAGCAGAGGAUUACUGAGCUGUCUGAGGCCAACAAACUGGCUGCCAAUAGCAGUAUCUACACUCAAAAGAACAUGAAAGCCCAAGAAGAAAUGAUAUCUGAACUGAGGCAGCAAAAAUUCUAUCUGGAGUCUCAGGCAGGCAAACUGGAGGCCCAGAAUGCUAAGCUAGAGGAGCAUCUGGAGAAGAUGAGUCAACAAGAACAAAGCAACAAGAGCCGUGUGCUGGAGCUAGAGGCCAGACUCAGAGAGAUCGGCCUGGAACAUGAGGAGCAGAAGCUGGAUUUAAAGAGGCAAGUGUCAGAGCUGACACUGUCAUUACAGGAGAGAGAGUCUCAGAUCAGCAGUCUGCAGGCUGCGCGCCAUGCCUUGGAAAGCCAGUUACAGCAGGCCAAGACAGAGCUAGAAGAGACCACUGCUGAGGCAGAGGAGGAAAUCACUGUUCUCCGGGCUCACCGGGAUGAAAUCCAAAGAAAGUUUGAUGCCCUGAGGGACAGCUGUGCGGUAAUCACUGACCUGGAGGAGCAGUUGACUCAGCUGACACAGGAAAAUGCAGAGUUAAACAGGCAGAACUUCUACCUUUCAAAGCAGCUGGAUGAAGCCACAGAUGAGAAUGAGGAGAGACUGCAGCUUAGCCAAGAGGUGGAUCGCCUGCGCAGAGAGGUGGCUGACAGAGAGAUGCACCUCAACAACCAGAAACAAAACAUAGAGACCCUGAAGACAACAUGUACCAUGCUGGAAGAGCAGGUGCUAGAGCUGGAGACGCUGAAUGACGAGCUGUUGGAGAAGGAGAGGCAGUGGGAGAGCUGGAGAACAGCAUUGGACGAGGAAAAGAACCAGGCUGAACGCAGGGCUCGAGAAAUACAGAGACAGCUGGACAAUGAAAAACAGAAUAGGAUGCGUGCUGAACAGCGCACCUCAGAGUCUCGUCAGGCUGUUGAGCUGGCAGUAAAGGAACACAAGGCUGAGAUCUUGGUGCUGCAGCAGGCCUUAAAGGACCAGAAACUAAAAGCAGAAGGCCUCUCCGAUACUUUGAGUGACCUGGAGAAGAAACACUCCAUGCUGGAGAUGAAUGCACGCAGCCUGCAGCAGAAACUGGAGACUGAGCGAGAGCUUAAACAGAGGCUGGUGGAUGAGCAAGCAAAGCUACAGCAGCAGCUGGACAUGCAAAAGAGUCAUAUUUUCAGAUUAACACAGGGCCUGCAGGAUGCACUGGACCAGACCGAUCUACUGAAGACUGAGAGAACAGACCUGGAGUAUCAGCUGGAAAACAUACAGGCAGCAUAUUCUCAUGAGAAGGUGAAGAUGGAGGGCACCAUCACCCAGCAGACCAAGCUUAUAGACUUCCUGCAGGCCAAGGUAGACCAUCCCUCUAAGAAGAAAAAGGGCAUCUUUGGUGGCAGGCGUCGGGAGGACCUGCUGGCAGCGCUGGCAGCCCAGAGUCAGACCCAGACAGCCUCUGUGCCUGUUGUGACCCCUGUGCCCCUGCAGUACAGCGAUAUGAAGGCAGCGCUGGAUAAAGAGCGUGCCCGCUGCUCUGAGCUGGAGGAGGCCCUCCAAAAGACACGCAUGGAACUUAGAGAGGCCAUGCAGUUUAAUAAAGCACUGGAACAUGGUGGUACUCCUGCCACUUCUGGUCUAGCCCGGCAGCAGCUCAUGAUGUCAACUAAGUCUACCAAAUCCCCUGAACACCAGCCCAACCCUUCCAGCCUGGCACAAUCCAAUUCCAGCCGGAGGAAGGAGACAGCCACUUCUGACGAAAUAAGGAGAGCCACUUCUGAAAAAUAUGUGCGACGUGUAAAGGAGAGGCUUCACCACAGUACUCAUGGCAGUCACAGCACCCCACACCGGUUCACCCAGGGUCUCAACAUGAGGGCAGCCAAGUGCACUGUAUGUCUAGACACUGUCCAUUUCGCCCGGCAGGCGGCUACCUGCAUUGAAUGCCAUGCUUUGUGCCACCCAAAAUGCUCCCCCUACCUUCCAGCCACAUGUGGUGUGCCCACCGAAUACGCCCUUCACCUAUCUGAGGCUCUGUGCAGGGAGAAGAGCAGCAACUCAGGCCUACAGCUCAAAGACUCUAGUGGACACAUGAGGCUGGAGGGCUGGAUGAAACAGCCCAGGAAUGGGAAGCGUGGUCAGGGCUGGGAGAGGAAGUAUGUGGUGCUAGAAGGGAACAAGGUUCUUACCUAUGAGACUGAGCCCAGAGAAGAGUCGGUGAAGCCAGUGGAUGAGUUUGAUCUGUAUUUAUCCGAUGGUGAAGUGAUUGUGCACAGUGCUGUGGGUGGCUCAGAACUCACCAACACUGCGAAGUCUGAUGUGCCAUUUGUGCUGAAGUUGGAGUUACUCCCCCACACAUCCUGCUGGCCAGCACAGACUCUUUACCUCAUGAGCUCAAGCUUUGCAGAGAAGCAGCGGUGGGUGGCAGUUUUGGAGGCCAUUGUGGCAAGUGCCCGUGGUGCCCGUGAGAAAGCAGAGGCAGAUGCAAAGCUGCUGGGAAAUUCUCUGUUGAAGCUGGAGGGAGAUGACAGACUGGACAUCAACUGCACACUCCCCCUCACUGACCAGAUUGUGUUAGUGGGUUCAGAGGAAGGUCUGUAUGCACUGAACGUUAUAAAGAACUCACUGACUCACAUCCCAGGCCUGGGCUCUGUGUUUCAAAUCUACAUCAUCAAAGAGCAAGACAAGCUGCUCAUGAUUGUGGGUGAUGAGAGGGCACUGUGCCUGGUGGAGAUCAAGAAGGUGAAGCAGUCACUCUCUCAGUCCCACCUCCCAACCUUGCCCGAAAUUGUCCCGUACAUUUUUGAGACUGUCAAGGGUUGUCAUCUUUUUGCUGCAGGGAGGAUUGAAAAUGGCUCCUGUAUUUGCGCUGCAAUGCCCAAUAAAGUCACAAUUUUGCGCUACAACGACAAUCUGAGCAAAUUUUGUAUUCGCAAGGAGAUUGAGACCUUAGAACCCUGUAGCUGUAUUUACUUCACCAACUACAGCAUCAUCAUUGGCACCAACAAGUUCUAUGAGAUUGAGAUGAAGCAAUACGUGCUAGAGGAGUUCUUGGACAAGAAUGACGUGUCGUUGGCUUCAGCUAUGUUUACCACAUCCUCCUACAGCUUCCCCAUUGCAAUCAUGCAGGUGUCGAGCACAGCUCAGAAAGAAGAGUACCUGCUCUGUUUCCAUGAGUUUGGAGUGUUUGUGGAUGCCUAUGGCCGAAGAAGCCGCACAGAUGAGCUCAAAUGGAGUCGUCUUCCUCUGACAUUCGCCUUCAGAGAGCCAUACCUGUUUGUGACUUACUUCAACUCACUGGACGUUAUUGAGCUUCAGGGUCAUGCUGCUCUUGGGCCUUCUUCACUUGUUCACUUGGAUGUCCCUAAUCCGCGCUACCUAGGCCCGGCCAUCUCAUCAGGUGCCAUUUACCUGGCCUCAUCAUACCAGAACAAACUGAGAGUGAUCUGCUGCAAGGGCCAUGUCGUACGAGAGUCGGGAGAAUUGCAGAGGACAGGUUCUAACAGGAGCUUUGACCUCUGCAGCAGCCCAAACAAGCGUGGCCCACCCACUUAUAACGAGCACAUUUCAAAGCGGCUAGGCUCAAGCCCUGGAGCUCAAGAUAGUGUUGUGCACCGGGACCCUAGCACACCACACCGUUACCGUGAGGGUCGCACUGAGUUCCGCAGGGACAAGUCUCCAGCUCGGCCACUGGACCGUGAGAAGUCGCCAGGACGUGCAGUGAUCGAUGCACGCAGAGAGAGAUCACCAGGUCGGCCACUGGAUGAGCGAGAGAGAGAGCGUGAGCGCACACGCCUGCACACAAGCUCAGUCCGCACUCAACUCACACCAGUUAACAAGGUGUGGGACCAGUCUUCAGUGUGAACGCACCCCAUGGACAGCUGAAGUUUAAGAGCCAUCGUCCAGUCCCACCAUGGAUGGACAUGCCAUUUUACAGGCACCUCUUUUAAUACAACUAUUCCAUCAUGCCAUUGCCUGCUGUGAGCAGAACCACAUCAUAUUUAUAUUUUUUGGAUUUAGCUGUUGUCCAAAUGUAUGCGUGUUGCUCACAUAUUUACAUAGGAUUUAUGAGAAAGGCAAAUGAUUAGUGAAAGAUUGUAAGUGAUAUAUUAAUAUACAUUAAAAUCCUAUACACACACCCAAAA